AUGUUGCAGCGCAGCAGCGCAAAGGACGGCGGCGCGACUGCAGGCGCCGCCACUAUCUGCGAACUGUGCGACCUCUAUACGCGCACUGGUCUGGAAGACAAGUGGACGGAGCUCGCAGCAGUUUACGACCAACGACGCAACAUUGACAACUUCCGCGAGAUCCUCGACCUAAGCGCUCCCAGCGCUCGCAUGGGCGAGUUGAGUGGCUGGCACUUGGAGCGCAUGGCCGUGGGCGAGUUCGGGUCUAGUGCUGGCUCGAGCGCGACCGACGUGGCCGAGAUCAAGCGAGAGAGUCGAUGGAUCAAGCACACGCUGACGAAGGUGCUGGCCAAUGGCCGCAGCUUCCAAGCCAAGCGAGAUGCACUGAAGGCUGCUAUGGACAAGCAGCGUGAGGUGCUCACAGCGGAGCUGACAGAGGCCAAAGAGUUCCUGGGUCAGGCCCAUCUGUUGACCGCCUGCGACUCGGCUGCUAGUGAGGUCAGUGAGCCAGCUCUUGUGGAAGAGCGACUGCGAGCUACGGACAAGUUCUCGGAGCUCUUGCCGACAGGUGACCUCAGCAAAGCGCCGUCCAUCUGA